AUGAAAUUGAUUAUAUUAGCGUUUUGUUUCACCUGUACAGCUGUAGCAUCAUCAAGCACCGCUGCGCCGAAUGGACAUCAUUCAGGCGACGGUCAGGAUGAUAAUUCAGCUGCUGGUACCGACAGCGAUUCCGAUGAAUGUUGUAUCGUUGAACCGUAUGGCAUUGCUUCUCGGAAUGUCGACAAAGUGUUUUUGAAAACCGCAAUUGGUAGCAGCCAGAAUGAAACGGAAACAUCUAGCAGCAGUGAGAAUUGCGAAACAGACGAAGAACCUCUUGCUGAAUUUGUAAUGCGACAUUCCAAAAGAGCUAGGCACAAUUAA